AGAAAUUAAAUGCACACACACAGAGGCACGCAGAGACAGGCGAUUUGAAAAUAUUCCCGAGAAUGCAAUUUGCGCUCAUGCAGCGCAGCGUCACAUGAAAGAGGCUGCCUGAAGAGCUGGCUGGCACAGGUUUAUUUUGUUGUAAUAUUUUCUUCCACCCCCAGCUCUUUACCCAGUGGAAUGAUAUCCAGAGCAAGUUUUUUGAGACAGGAAGUGAGGAAUGUUUUCACUAUGAGUGAUCUGCGAAGAAGGUGGGUUAGCCGGGAUAGCAGCUGUUUCGGACAAGAGGAACACAGUAAGUCAGUUCCCGAGGAAUACAGAUGAGAUGGCUCCGGGAGAAAAAGUCUUGGAGCGCUGUGGGGUUUUUCCGGCUACACGUAUGUGAAAGGAGACUCGGUGUCUUUGGAUCGCUGGACAAGGAUUCCAGUGGAUGCCCCUUCUACUUGUCUCUUGGUGGAAAACUUGCUUGUCUUUAAUGGAUACUGCUGCUGCUGGUUGAUCUCUGGAGAUUUUACAACUCCUUACCUUUUGAGAGAAGAGAGCUGCUUGUCCCCUCCCAAGGUCCCAGUCGUACUAGCUUUUUACCAGUGGGGGGAAAAGAAGAUGCCUCUACCUUUUGGGUUAAAAUUGAAACGAACUCGACGUUACACAGUAUCCAGCAAGAGUUGCUUGGUGGCUCGUAUCCAGCUGCUCAACAAUGAAUUUGUGGAGUUCACGCUGUCGGUGGAAAGCACAGGCCAGGAAAGCCUGGAAGCAGUGGCUCAGAGGCUUGAAUUGCGGGAGAUUACAUAUUUCAGUCUGUGGUAUUAUAAUAAGCAGAAUCAGCGCAGAUGGGUAGAUUUGGACAAGCCUCUGAAAAAGCAGCUGGACAAAUAUGCCUUGGAGCCAACUGUGUAUUUUGGAGUAGUGUUCUAUGUGCCUACUGUUUCUCAGCUUCAGCAGGAGAUUACCAGGUAUCAGUAUUAUUUGCAAUUAAAGAAAGACAUUUUGGAGGGGAACAUUCCUUGCACACUGGAACAAGCAAUACAUCUGGCUGGUUUAGCUGUUCAGGCUGAUUUUGGAGACUAUGAUCAAUAUGAAUCUCAGGAGUUUCUGCAAAGAUUUGCUUUGUUUCCAGUGGGCUGGCUACAAGAAGAAAAAAUAUUGGAAGAAGCAACACAGAAAGUUGCCUUGCUACAUCAGAAGUACAGAGGCCUUACUCCUCCUGACGCGGAAAUGUUAUAUAUGCAAGAAGUAGAGAGAAUGGAGGGCUAUGGUGAAGAGACCUAUCCUGCAAAGGACAGCCAAGGAAGUGACAUAUUCAUUGGAGCAUGUCUUGAUGGUAUCUUUGUGAAACACAAAAAUGGUCGUCCUCCUGUUGUAUUUAGGUGGCAUGAUAUUGCCAACAUGUCCCACAACAAAUCCUUUUUCGCAUUAGAGCUGGCAAACAAAGAAGAGACAAUCCAAUUCCAAACUGAAGAUAUGGAAACAGCAAAAUAUGUGUGGAGGAUGUGUGUGGCUAGACACAAAUUUUACAGACUAAAUAAAUGCAGCCUAGACUCCCUGGACUCUCCACCUGAGGAGGGCUCUCAGAAAUCUUCCCUCAUUCUUUCCCUUCCACGCUUUCCAAUCCUUUCUCGUCCUUCACUUCCCAAAGGACAAACCCAGCCCGUUACAGUGAAUCCUGUUAGAAGGCGGUCUUCGUCCAGGAUGUCUAUGCCCAAGCCUCAGCCUUAUAUGAUGCCUCCACCACCUCAGCUGCAUUACAACGGUCAUUAUACUGAACCAUAUGCAUCCUCCCAAGAUAACCUCUUUGUGAGCAAUCAGAAUGGAUACUACUGUCACUCUCAGACUAGCUUGGAUAGAGCCCCUCAUGACUACAGUGGUCGGAUCCGCAAUGGUAGUGUCUAUAGUGCACAUAGCACAAACUCCUUGAACAAUCCACAACAUUACUUGCAGCCGUCCCCCAUGUCCUCUAACCCAAGCAUUACUGGAAGCGAUGUCCUCAGAACUGAUUAUGUCCCAUCACAUAGACACAGUGCACUAAUACCACCUUCUUAUCGUCCCACGCCAGACUAUGAAACUGUGAUGAGACAGCUCAACAGGGGAAUGGUGCACACAGAUAGGCAGAGUCAUUCAAUGAGAAAUCUUAACAUCAGCAAUUCAUAUGCUUACAGCAGGCCUGAUGCCUUAGUUUACAGCCAACCUGAAAUACGAGAACAUGCUCACAUCGCUUCCCCACAAUCUAACCAUUAUCCAUUUAACCUGAACUACAGUUUUCAUAGCCAAUCCCCCUAUCCGUAUCCUGCUGAAAAGCGCCCGGUUGUUGGGGCAGUCAGUGUGCCCGAGUUGACAAAUGUGCAGCUACAAGCUCAGGACUAUCCAGCACCAAAUAUAAUGAAGACCCAAGUCUAUCGACCACCUCCCCCAUACCCGUACCCAAGACCUGCAAAUAGUACUCCAGACCUUUCACGACAUAUCUACAUUAGCAACAGCAAUCCAGAUCUUAUCACAAGGCGAGUGCACCAUUCUGUCCAGACAUUUCAGGAAGACAGCCUACCGGUGGCACAUUCUCUGCAGGAAGUCAGUGAACCUCUAACAUCGGCACGCCAUGCUCAGCUGCAGAAAAGGAACAGUAUUGAAAUAGCAGGCUUGACUCCCAGCUUUGAAGGAAUAAGAAUUAAAGAGAGGACCAUGUCAGCUUCUGCAGCAGAUGUGGCUCUUCCAAGAGUUAUCUCAGAAGGGUCACAGUCCAACAUUCUGAUGGAGAGAACAAAGCAAAAAGAAAGUGAGCAAGAAGAAAGUGUGAACUGUGAUCAUAAGAAAACCCUUUCAGAUGCCACUAUGCUGAUUCACAGUAGCGAGGAAGAAGAAUUUGAAGAAGAAAACAAAGCUAGUACAAGUCUUUCUCCUCUCCCUGAAGAUCAAACCCAACUUCCAUCUGUUAUGGGGGGUUAUUCUCAUGAUUCAGUACUGAACUACCCUUACAGCUCUGUUGCUUCAUCUGCUGGCCCUUUGCAUAUUCUUGAACCUAAAUUACAUAUAACAGAGACAGAAAAGAGAAUGAAAGAUAUGAGCCCCGUUCAUUUACUAGUAGAAAGCCAGGUACAGAGAAGAGGGGAAGGACUGCUUACUCCAUCUAUGUCGGAAUCUGAUCUUACAACAUCAGGGAGAUACAGAAUAAGGAAAGAUUCAGUGAAGAAGAGACCUGUGUCCGAUCUUUUGUCUGGGAAGAAGAAUAUUGUGGAAGGCCUUCCCCCGCUAGGUGGUAUGAAAAAGAAUAAAAAUGAUGCAAAAAAAAUAGGGCCUCUAAAGCUAGCUGCCCUAAAUGGACUAGCUUUGACUAGAAUGCCUCUGCCAGAUGAGGGGAAGGAAGAAUCAACAAGAGCAACAAAUGAUGAACGGUGUAAAGUUCUGGAACAACGGUUAGAGCAGGGGAUGGUGUUUACUGAAUAUGAGCGCAUUCAGAAAAAAAGACUUAUAGAUGGCGAGUGCUCAAUAGCUCGGCUUCCUGAAAAUGCUGAAAGAAACCGGUUCCAGGACGUCCUUCCUUAUGAUGAUACCAGAGUAGAGCUAGUCCCAACCAAAGAAAAUAACACGGGUUACAUCAAUGCAUCUCAUAUCAAGAUCUCUGUUAGUGGCAUAGAGUGGGAUUACAUUGCUACACAGGGCCCUUUGCAGAAUACAUGUCAGGAUUUCUGGCAGAUGAUCUGGGAACAAGGGAUUGCCAUCAUAGCUAUGGUGACGGCAGAGGAAGAAAGCGGGCGAGAAAAAAGCUUCAGAUACUGGCCACGUCUUGGUUCAAGACACAACACUGUAACAUAUGGAAGAUUUAAGAUUACUACACGAUUCCGUACUGACUCAGGCUGCUAUGCAACUACGGGUUUGAAGAUUAAACAUCUUCUCACAGGACAGGAGAGAACAGUUUGGCAUCUGCAGUAUACUGACUGGCCAGAGCAUGGCUGUCCAGAGGAUUUAAAGGGAUUUCUCUCAUACUUGGAAGAGAUACAGUCAGUGCGGCGCCAUACGAACAGCACUGUGGAUCCUAAAAACUCUAAUCCUCCUGUACUGGUACAUUGCAGUGCAGGUGUAGGACGAACAGGAGUGGUCAUACUGUCAGAGAUCAUGAUCGCUUGCUUGGAACACAAUGAGAUGCUGGACAUCCCACGAGUGCUGGACAUGUUGAGGCAGCAGAGAAUGAUGAUGGUGCAGACUCUUUCGCAGUACACUUUCGUCUAUGGAGUUCUCAUACAGUUUCUCAAAAGUUCUAGACUUAUAUAAUCCCUGCCACUUCCUAAGGGACACUGCAAGAGUUUACAGAAAGAAAAUUAUAGUUGUCCAGGCAGACCUGCUCUCACUGGUGUUUUCUUCGUGUGAUGAAUCACACAGUUACCUUUUAGGGCUGGUGUGUGGCUGUGAAAUGCAAGUCAGUGUAACAGUCCCCGCAAAGCAGGAUCUUCGCUGGACUAAAUUCUUCCAUGUUCAGCUGCAGUCACAUUAGGGGAUGAUUUUACUUGUACUGGUCUGUAAUACUUGCAUACGUUCUUUAGAGUGGUGUUACUCUGGGCAAAAUAAGUAUCUUACGGAAUGGAAGUAUAUGGCACAAUUUUACUAACAUUAUGUUUUAAAGCAUAAUUGUUAACUGUGCGAAAGCUGAAAUCUGUAGAUGCACGUGGGGUGAGAAACCUGCUCCUUGGGAAUGUCAAGGUCUUAUGCAGUUUCAUUCUGCUUUCAAUUUUAUAUUUAGAACAAUACAUCUAUAUUUUUUAAAAUGAACUUUUGGUUUCCUCUGGUUUACUCAGCAAAAUUAGCAGCUCUUAGAUAUUUUAAGCUGUUGCUUUAAGGACGGUUAUUUUUAUAUUCAGCAUUUUUUAAUUAAAAAACAAAACAAAACACCACAACCCAAAACUUUUUAAACAGCAUAAUAUUUUCAGAGGAGAAGACUGACAACGUUUGAACUAACUUUUCAAAAAUCAUGCAGAAAGUAGAAGGGGAAGCUAUUGGUAGUUAGUUGUAGUGCCGUGUAAUAGAACUGACAAGUGAAAGAUGAUGUUAGCUGUUGAUAAGUUCCAUUUGAGCGGAGGCAUGUUUAUCUGCAACAAGCAGGGGAAAAAUAUUCUAAUUAUCUACAAGGUUAUUGGAAACAAAUGGACGAGAGAAAGUACAUAUUCAGUAUUAUUCAUAUAUUUAGAGGACAGUUUGAUUUUACUGGCUGAAAUCAAAGUGGAUGCAAAUGUUUUAAGCACUUUUUUUGCUCUGUUAUUUAUGUAGUUAAACAUAGAAACUAUAAUCAUGCAUUGUUUCAUAUGGUAAUAUACCAUUACUAACCUGUUAUUUUAGGAAGAGCCUUUUAAGUCAAUGAAGUGAGAGAACCAAAAUUGGAGUAAGAAGGUGCAUAGUGGCGGAGCGGAAAUGAUUGUAUGAAACAUAAUGGAGGAGGCGUGGCAGCUAGGAUUGCUGGUUUACACAGUGCAAAGAUGACCAUUAAAAAUGUUUAUGUUCCCAGUCAAGAAAGCCUUUAAAGCACUGGAAGUUUCUGUAGAAUACUCCAGAUUAUUUUGUCAGUACUAGAACAGAUUUUGCUAAUGCUGUGCAGCGUUGCAAUGAAGAAUAUCCACAGAAGCUGUUUGAGAACACCUGCAGAAUGUAAGAGCUCUUAGAGGUGACACUGGAGAUUUGGGUAUUUUAGUAGCUGUGUAGGUGGCUGAGUCAAUGGCUGUGGCAUGGACCUGAAGGUGAGUCGCACCUUUGGUAGUUUCCAUUUUGUCCCAUGGGUCUGGUCUAAUGACAGUAUCCCUAAAUAAUCCUCUGUGGUUUUCAAAUGGGGACAGUGUGGUUUUACCUGCCUUUUCAAGUGUUUUGAGAUGCUGAGUUGAAAAUCUCCAUUAAAAAGUGAGCUAUUAGUUUGUAGGUAUCUGGUUUAAUUUAAAAAAAAACCUGUGGUAGAUCAGUCUGCAGGCAUGUUUAAUGUCCAUUUCCCUUGAUACCUGCUUAGUGAAAUGAAAUGAGACUGAAAGUCAUUUUUAUCACUGGUGAAAUUAUGUUACUUUUCUGAGCUAUAACAAGGGUUUGAAAACUAUUAUGAAUAAUUAAAACCCUUUCAAAACAAUAAUUGUCUCCCAAAAUAUUAAUUAAGAAUAAUAAAUAGGUUGCCUCAGUUUCCUCUGUAAUAAGCUACUUCAACAAAAAAACCCACACGGUCCAAAGGACAUCGUGCUAAUAUGUCAUUCUAUGCAAAAUGUAUUACUUUAAAGUACACUGUAUUAAUCUAGUGCACUUGGUCUGCUUUCAGGCAGUCUGAAUUGUUCUACUCUCAGUAAAAGUAAGAUUGAAUAUUUCAGAUGGGGGGAAAAAAUGUUCUUUUUGUAACCAUAAGAUGCCUAGGAAGUAUUAACUGCCAAAUGUGAAACUGGAAGUCCGGAGGAAACCAGUUACUGAAGACUGAUUCUUUUAUAUAUAAAUCUUGCAAACAAACCAAUUUGACAUAUCUGUGUUAACAGAAGUAUUGAAAGAAACAAACAUACUUAGCUAUUUGUAUCAUGCUGUGUUUUAAAAACAUUGCUACUUUUUGCCACAGUUGACUUCUAUCUUCAGAAAUAUUUUUGAAUGCGAAGGUAUGCUCUAAAACGUAGCUUGUACCAUUUCCAUUUCUAGACUGUGAUCUUCAUAACCUGAUACAUGCAGCUUUUAAUGAAAUUAUAUACAACCACAACUUCAAGCAACAAUUUUUAGCUGGUCAGCAGUUACUGGGACAGAACAUCAGCUGUGAGGCAUUAAAAGGAGCAGUUAAAACAAGCAAUUUAAUCCAAAACUUAGGCGAUUGUCUGAGGUGGGUGAGGAAAUGUGUGUCUCUGGGCUUUCUUUUCUGUUUUGCUGAAAGAAGUUGUGUUCACUUUUAGAGGUGGUUGCUCUCCAAUCUGGUAGUCACAGGCUUGAUUUGUUUUUUUAAGCAUAACACUGCUACCUCCUCCACUUCAGCUUUCAGUUCUGUCCAUCACGAGUCCGUUUUUGCAUUAAUAGACUUGACCUUAGUAGACUUGACUUUAUGUGAGUUUUCCUACUGAAGAUAGCAGGAUUGCUUUUGUAUGUGAGCAUAUGGCUCCAAGUGAGCAUUGAAAAUGAGCAGUUUGUCUUCUAAAGAUACCAAACGAAAAUAAACCUCGCAACCACCUGUAACAAAAUUAAUUUUAAAACCAUUGUUUAGAUUUUCAGUUAACUUUUAGAAGAAAAUUCGGUUUUUAGCACUUUGUUCUGAGCCUUGAAAAGGGAUGCUUUUUUUACAUGUAGUUGCGCUGAGUGCUUCAUGAAGUGUUGGACAUUAUAAGAACAUCCACUGUCCAAAUCCAGUCACAGCGUGAGCCGGAAGUGGAUUUAUUUGUCAAAAGCUUAAAAUUCCACUAUAAGUCUGUCCAUUUUGCCAACUGUGCUUCUGUUUUUAUGGGGAUGAAACCAGAUUAUUAUGCAAGAUUUGAGCUGACUCUUUUUAAUAAGAAAAGUUGUAUGAAGACAUUCUUGCGGUAAAUGGCAAAGAUGAUGUUGAUUUCUAGGGAUGUCAGAGCUCUCAGGGAUAAAUAAAGGUGCUAUAUACUGUCAAGAGACAGAUUUGACUGUCUUUUGUGGGCUAGGUGGAAAAUGCUUUUUAGGAUCAAAUUCUAUGAAGAGUCAGGAGAAGAACCCACAAAUUGUAGUAAGGGCUUCUGCACGUUUGAUUUCUUUCUUGGUUGCUCUGAUGAGAGAUUUUUUGGCCAGUGAAUCGUAGUCUUGGGCUAGGAGCUCUUCUCUAAGAACGUAAGUCAGAGCCCUGUUCGUUGCAAAGAUGUCACUGACUUAGCAGGCUCAGCUGUAGGCUGCAAAUCGCUCCUCGCCUCGUUCUGUGAGGGAGAAGCUCCAUGGUACGCAGGGGAGUUUUGCACAGCUUUUCUGCAGCCUGCACAGCAGUGCUCUCCUUUUUCUGCUGUCCCCCAUGAAGAGCAGGAAAAGUUUUAUGCCUUAGUAUUGCUCUCAUUGUGAUACCUUUUGCACAAGUGAACGGUAAAAACGAGUGGAGGGUGCUAUAGUUUAUAUCUAGAAAUACACUUCAUUCAAAGCAGGAGAGCAAGGCAGAGUUCCUACAAUUUCUGUGGAUGAAAAGCUGCUCUAAGUUAUCAUCAACAUUUAGAAAAAAAAGUAAAAUAAAGUAAUAAAAAAUAAAAGUAAAAUAAAUGUGUACUAAAAUGGAAAAAAUUCUUGGCGUUUUCAGAAAUGUAUUUUGGGCUCCUCUGUGUAUCUUUUUUUGAAGUGGAUGACAUUUGGAGCAAUUUUAUACAAAAAUAGCUUCUUAAAUUUAAUAAGUAAAACUACCUGAGGCUGCUGCUACAUUUUUCUUGUUGGAGCAGCUGUUAAAGUUGAGUGGCUCAUAGAUUUCAGUGGCCUCUGGACCAAACUUGGGAACUGCAGGGUCGUUUAUCAUACAAGCUAGCUGUGUGAUGAGACCUCAGUUUUAAUACCGGUAGCGUUACUAAAACCCUGGACUUAAAAAAUAGCGAACUCAUUACUAUAUUUCAAUAGUUAGUUCAAAUUAUCAAUUUAAAAGAAACAACACUUCAAUUGCUAAGAACUCUGCACUUCAGAGUGUAGUGUUUGGGUUUUUUUUCUUUUCAAUACUGCAAAGUCAUGCAAAGCCAGAGUCCAGUCCUGCAAGAUGCAAAAUUCCUGCAGUUCUUCCUGAUACUGUAGGAAUUAAAAUGGGCUUAUUGCCAAUGAAAGCUUGAGCCCUUAAAGCAUGAAUACUCACUUUAAAUUGCUUUAAAUUUAAAUACAGAUUAAAAGAAUUAACCAAAAGAAUGCAGCAGGAAUGUGCAUACAUGGAGCUACAGCAUUCAAAGGAAAAGUAGCUGAGAUAGUUCGGAAGAAAUUCUCUUGUGAAAGCACAAAAUGCUGGAAGUAGAGAGUGAGGAUUUGAGGAAUGGCUGAAGGCAUUUGGAGGAGGAUUUGGAACGUUUUGUAUCCCCAGUAGAGCUGCUAGAAGGGUUUGAUUCAUAUGGUAUGUUUUUCAUGCUGUGCUAGGGUAACUGAGUAUGUAGUCAUAGGUGUUAUUUUUACUGGCUUUUUAAAAUGGGAUUUUUGAAACUCCAAAUAUUUUUUUCAGAGGCUGUGUUAUUUUUACAUAUCUUCCUUUCCAAAUGUAUUUAAUGCAAUCUGUCAGAUCAGUUUCUGUUUACUUGCUAAAGAUCAGAUUUUUCAAAGCAUGGUCUCUGGUUUUACACAUGCAAAAUGCAGGGGGAAUAGGCAUACAUGCAAUUUUGCAGUGAUAAUUUCUAAUGGAUGCAGGUUAGAUGAUUUGAAAGUCUAAAUACUUAAUGAAUGUAGCCAGGUGUUUACAGUAGGUGUGAAUUGCACCAGGUUAAGGCUGGGCUGAAAAUCAGGCCCUUGAAAUGUGGAGUUUAACAUGUGCUUAGAAAUUAUGUUGCAGUGCAGCAUUUGCAAUACAGUGAUAUUAAAACAAUGUAAUACUGUGCUAAGGUAAGGGAAAAAAUCUUAAACUUUUAACAGCUGUUGCAAACAUGUCUGUAAAAAAAAAAAAAAAAAAAAAAAAAAAAAAAAAAGAUCCUGUUGGGGACCAGCUACCUUGGUGUAUUCUGUUGGCAUCACACGUGUUACUUUAAGGUCUACAGGAGCUGAAAAAAAAAGGAUUUAACUUCAAUGAGCAUUUAAAAAAACAGUUGCUAAAUGGCCUUUGGUUCUAUUCUUUGCUAUUUUCCACACGAUGCUGCAUUCAGUGGUGAAGAAUAACCUCCAGUGUAUUUGUUCUUUAGAAGUCCAUUCUUCAGCUCUAAUUAGGGAACGAAGACAGAAAUCAAAUGCAAAGAAUCUUAUGAAUAGAGUUUACAACAGAUCCAGCCUGUGGCAAGUUAGAGAGCAAGUCCGUAGAUACCGUAACGUUAUUUUGGUUCAGAUAUGCGGCAAUCAAAACUACCAAAUUAUUAAUUUUAUGAGCACAGUUUCAGAAGGUGCCUAACUUUUAUAAAGGGAAUUUAAAUGCUGUUUUUCCAUUUGGAAAUAUUUAGGUAAAAUUAGGAGACUUUUAAAAUACUUUAAAGACUUUGCAAAUGCCAUUAAUUUUUAGAACGGUAGGAAACUUGAUGGGGAAAACCCAUGUAAAAUCCUCCAGUCUGUCACCGUGCUAAUCCUGGAUAAUUCUGACAGACAAGGUGUAUGUGCUCUUUACAAAGAUACUUUCUUAAAUUGCUUUGAAAUACCCAACAUACCUGUCCUCUUUAUGGCUGAUCUGGGGGGACUUGGAUGGAAAUUUUAGAGGCUUGACCUGGCGAAUCAGUCAGUCUGCACACUCCUGCACAUUGCUGAAAUCUCUUCAUUCCGUUAAAGCAAAUGGGUGUUUGAAGUCCUUUCAGCAGUUUUGUAGGAUUGAGUCCUUAAUGUCAGAGGAAUGCAGGAUCUGGCUCCAUUUUCUUUUAUUUUCAUUUGAGCCAGUAUGCAAGGAUUUAAAUGGGACUUCGUUUAAACAGUAGCAAACACGAAGUAUUAUUUUCUAGUACUAAGCUAGUGGUAACAUGUCUGUUUUUGCUGUCUUGCCACCAAUACUGUAAAAAUGUAUAAUCAAAACAGCUUUAAUUCUUGUAAAACUGAAAUUGGUUUGUAAAACAAUGUACAAAUUGUGUUUCAUAGACAGAAAAGCUUGUAUUACUGAAUGUAAUAUAUGUGAAAUGAAUAUAUUAUAGUCUAUUUUUGCCAUGGAAAUAAAUAUUUGAAGCAAC